AUGGUUGUGUUUGCAGUAAUUUCCCCUUGGCGUCCCAAGGUUAACUCUGUUAUUGGCCUCAAAUCCCUGACCGCCAUCAGACAGGAUCCACCUUCACCCCGUCCUUCAAACGCGGUGAACAUCUUCUCGCUCGGCCGCCCAAUUGGUAACAAUGUCCUCGCAAACUUCGAGUACCGCGGAAUACCUGCAGGAUUAAUCCUAUGA